UCGGUUGGGAAAUUUGGUGAAUAACUCCUUCCAAAACAUGGAUGUGCUUGAACGAUCUUUACGUGGGCUUCGCCAUUCCUCGGAGUUUAAAUGCGAUAUGACAUGCCCGAUGAGCGGGGACGGACGGACGGACGAACGGCACCUUGCGUCGGUGUGGAUGAAGAUGAUGCCCCGGACAUUGACGUAUACCAUUGUCCAAACUGCGAGAAGACCCACGGCAAGUCCACAUUAAAAAGGAAAAGGCAUUGGAACAAACAGGACCCUUGGCAAAGCACAGAUGUCCGAGCUGUACAGAAUGGAAGUCAAGUUUUCAUAAAGGAGCUCCGUAGCAGAACAUUUCCAAGUGCUGAGGAUAUUGUUGUUAAACUAAGUGGCGCUCAACUGACCAUGGAUUACCUGGAGGAGAACGGUUUUGAGGAACCCAUCCUGGUUCCCAAAAAGGAUGGUUUGGGCAUGUCCAUGCCGCCUCCCACCUUUUACAUCAGCGAUGUGGAAAAUUACGUCGGUCCUGACGUCGCAGUUGACGUCGUCGAUGUCACUAAACAGACUGAUAGCAAGAUGAAGCUUAAAGAAUUUGUCGAUUAUUAUUACAGCACAAACCGAAAGAAAGUAUUAAAUAUAAUCAAUCUGGAGUUCUCUGACUCAAGGAUGAGUAAUAUUGUGGAGGGGCCCCAAAUUGUCCACAAUUUGUCUUGGGUUGAAAACUACUGGCCUGAAGAUGCUCUGCUUGGAAAGCCUAAAGUCACUAAAUACUGUCUGAUAUGCGUUAAAGACAGCUACACCGAUUUCCACAUCGAGUGCGGCGGCGCCUCUGUGUGGUAUCACGUACUAAAGGGAGAAAAGAUUUUCUUUCUCAUCAAGCCCACCUCUGCCAACCUUUCUCUGUACGAGCGCUGGAGGUCGUCGUCCAUCCGCAGCGAAAUGUUCUUUGCUGACCAAGUGGACAAGUGUUACAAAUGCUGUCUGAAGCAAGGACAGACUUUGUUCAUUCCAUCAGGUUGGAUCAAUGCAAUUCUGACUCCGGUGGACUGCUUGGCAUUCUCUGGCCAUUUUGUCCACAACCUGAGCGUGGAGAUGCAGAUGAGAGCAAAUGAAAUUGAGAAGAGACUAAAGGUGAAAACCCUCACACCGUUUCCCAACUUUGAAACAGCAUGCUGGUACGUGGGACGUCAUCUUCUUGAACGAUUCAAAGGUCUACAUAAAGCAAAUAGGCAGCCAGCUCCAUAUCUGAUCCAUGGUGCCAAAAUCAUCAAUGGAGCCUUCAGAGCAUGGACCAAAAAGCAGGCCCUUUUAGAACAUGAAGAUGAACUUCCAGAAAACAUGAAACCUUCACAGCUCAUUAAAGACCUUGCCAGAGAGAUAAGACUCUCAGAGAAUGCCACGAAAGCAGUUAAGAGCGAGCUGCCAUCGGAGAGUCCUCCAUCACCCCACUCGGAUCUUGAAGAUCCUCUUUCACCAGCCGAGGUUCCUUCGCCGAGCUUUGAGACAGUCAAAAACAAAAGCAACUGCCCGAAAGUGCACAGACCGCCAAGCAAAGCUCCGAAGAUGACCAAGGCUCCAAAAUCUCAGAAAACGCUCAAGGCCAAAGAGGGAGAUAAGAAGAAAAUCACACUUUUACACGACUCACCCGCUCCACCUAAAGCCUCCAGUUUUGAAGCUCUUGAGUCCCAUGCCAAGGAUAUCUUAAACCUGGACCAGACAACAAAAGCAAAGGUUGUGAAGAAAAUGGUGACAAUCUCAGAAAAGGAAACAUUGAAGCAAAAAAUGGUGGAAAAGUUCAACAAAACUAGAGGGCAGAAUAAAAACAGGAGUGAAGCAAAAUGGAAGUACAAGAAUAGUAAACCAGACUCCCUGUUAAAGAUGGAAGAAGACUGCAAAUUGGACAGGAGCUCCGUUUUAGGCAAUAAAGCCGCUUUGGCCCUGGCUCGCAAGAAAAUCCUGAGCACAAAGCCAAUGAAAAAUCACAUUGACGCAAGUGUUGUGGGGACAAUACAAGAGCUAAAAGAGGACAAACACAAGCCAGUGAGAGAUGAGUACGAGUACGUCUCGGACGAGGGAGAACUGAAGAUUGAUGAAUUCCCCAUUCGACGGAAAAGGAACACCGCAAAGAAAGAAUUUGCCGCAGUUCUUUCCCAAAUCAGACAGCCAGUUCGACCAACCAAUAACCCAAAGAGCAAGCCCUUGGUGUCAAAGGUAUGGAGUUUUCUACUUCUCAUCCAUCAUCACAGCCUGUCAUUUUGGUCAUUUGUACUGCUCUGGAAAGAAUUAAAGAGAGAAGGUCUCGACCCAAACACGAGAAAGAAUCAGAUUGCUGAUUCUUCAGAUGAAGAAAGUCUACAUUUUGACACAGACGCCAAGCCAGAGGGUAAAUGUUGCCAUUCCAACACAAAUACGAGUCAAAAAAGUGGCAGUGCGGCAGGUAUUCUUGACUUGCUGCAAGCCAGCAAACAAGUGGGUGGAAUUGACUACAGCACCAACAGUCAGCCACCUGCAUCUCCCAGCACACAGGAGGCCAUUCAGGGCAUGCUGUCUAUGGCCAACCUGUCAUCAUCCGACAACUUGCAGCAGCAGCAGCAGCAGCAGCAGCAGCAGCAGCAGCAAUGGAACACUAAUCAGUUAAGAAGCAAUAGUCAGUCAAAGAACAUUUGGCAAAUGCACAGUUCGCUGACUAAUAAGAAGGUCAGUAGAGGAGGAGGAGGAGGAGGAGGCGCCAUUGGUCACGGCAGCAACCGCAAGCAAUCCACUAACCACUUGAAGAAACCCCAGAAGAAGUGCAGUUUUGAGGCUCUUGAUUAUGAUGACCAGGACCACAUGGACGCGUGCUUUAAAGACUCCGAUUAUGUUUAUCCGUCAUUCGAGUCUGAGGAGGACAAUCCCAUUUUCAAAUCCAGAUCGAAGAAACGGAAAAAUAACGACGACGUUCCAUACAGCCCCACAGCUCGCGUAGGACCCUCGGUUCCUCGACAGGAAAGGCCUGCGAGAGAAGGAGCGCGCGUGGCCUCCGUCGAAACGGGCUUGGCCGCUGCUGCGGCAAAGCUUUCGCAUCAGGAGGAACAACAGAAAAUCAAGAAGAAAGUCAAAAAGAAGACAACGCUGUUCGAGGAGUCACCGCUAAAAAUGUCUGGAGAUAGCGGCUCGGCGGAUCGCCAUCUGGACUUCCGAGGCGACCACCUUUCGCAUCACGAGUUGGACAGCCAAGCGCUCAAGUUACCAGCAGUGCUCCAGCCCAUGGUGCCGGGGCUAUUCCUCAGCCAAAGGCGACCGUCCACGUCUGCUCCCAACAGCAACUCCAUGACAAAAGGGGAUCGUGGAGUUUCGGCAGAUGCUAAAGCCAAGCGGCUAAAGAAAGGCAUGGCAACAGCAAAACAGAGACUUGGAAAGAUUUUAAAGAUCCAUCGAAAUGGACAGCUCCUCUUGUAGCAGACCGCAAAAUAGGAUUGGAAAGUCAUGAACUGAGUCCCACUUUGUUUUGUUCCUGAAAGUUGACAGCGAGGAAAAAAAGCUAAGAUGGGAAAUAAGAAAUGAGACAUUUUUCACUCUCCAAGACCAACAUCACAUACAUAUAUAUACACACACGUUUCUGCCUGUCCUUAUACUUUAUAACUUUGAGAUAUUGAAGUGUACAUAGCCUGCUAUAAAUAUUUUUAAUAAACCAUGUCUCACUUUA